GGGUUAAAACCCUAAAACUAAAAAAGGGCUCACAGCCAGCACCCAGCCCUAUCCGUUCCCCAUCUCCUGCUCUCUCCCCCCUCUCCUAUCCUCUCCUCCCCACCGCGCCGCCGCCGGCGUCGACGCCGCGGCGUCCCCUCCUCCCCCAGCCAAGAUGAAUGUUGAAAAGCUCAAGAAGAUGGCAGGUGCCGUGCGCACCGGGGGGAAGGGUAGCAUGCGCAGGAAGAAGAAGGCUGUCCACAAGACUACAACCACAGAUGACAAGAGGCUCCAGAGCACCCUGAAAAGAGUAGGAGUGAACACCAUCCCUGGUAUUGAGGAGGUCAACAUCUUCAAGGAUGAUGUUGUUAUUCAGUUUCUGAAUCCAAAAGUGCAAGCUUCGAUUGGUGCUAAUACAUGGGUGGUCAGUGGAACUCCACAGACAAAGAAACUGCAAGAUCUUCUGCCAUCGAUUAUCAACCAACUUGGUCCCGAUAACUUGGACAACCUGCGGAGGCUUGCGGAGCAAUUCCAAAAGCAGGUUCCAGGUGGACUUUCUGGCCUUGAGGGUGCCACUGCAGGUGCUGCUCAGGCUGACGAUGAUGAUGAUGUUCCUGAGCUUGUCGCUGGAGAGACAUUUGAAGAGGCCGCAGAAGAGAAAAAGGCAGAGUCGUGAUUUUGAUGAAUGUUUACUGUUGGUUAUAAGUUAAGCGGUGCCAUUAGAGACCUCCCCUUUUAAGAACUCUGACCUACCUUAUUUGUGCCAGUUGUCCGGUUUUGUCAUGUACGUGAGUUGAUAUGUUGGUGGAAUUUUGCAUCAACUACAUGCCUCUUUUGGUUGCCCUCA